AUCUCAUUUCACAACGACAUUCACGCAUGCUUCUCCCCACAAAACGCAGACGCUCAUCGGCCUGUUAGUUACCUAUUGUAGCGCUACUGAAUAAGUCGUCCCGACCAGGUAUGCUGUUGUGGAUUGUUCUGUUGGGCGUCAUUGCAGUGACCACCGGACUGGACUGCACUGGCCGACCAGAUGGUAUAUAUGAGUAUUCCUGCUUCUAUUUCGUGAUGUGUUCGCAAGGAGUGGCCGUUGAGAUAAGGUGUAACAUUACAGAUGUGUUCGACCCUGACGCAAUGAAAUGCGUGACCCCUGGAGUCGGGUACUGGCCGUGCAAUGACGCUGAGGACUGCUCAACCAAACCUGACAGCAGAUACCCCGACUUAGCAAGCGGCUGCAAGACCUACUACACAUGCCACAACGGCUUCUUCUACGGGCACAACUAUUGUCCGCAAGGUCUUGUGUUCGACCCAAUCAACCAGCUUUGCAACUGGCCCAACAACGUCGCACCGCCCUGUGGCACGUGUCUCUCCUGUUAAUAAAUAUAACAUGGCGGCA